AUGGCUAAAUGUGCUGCCUCAUCGAGGCUGGCCCUGCCUGCCGUUCUGCGCAAUGUUUUCCGCUCUCAGCUCACCAGCGCUUCUUCAAGCCCCUAUCGCCGACCUCUUGCCUCCGGUCCUUUUUUCUCUUUGAAUAUCCAUCUUCAGAGAUCCUUCCGUUCAAUUUCGCGCUUGCAUGAUUCUCAGAAUGAUCAACAAACACCCGCAGCCCCUGAAACCACGGCUGUCGCCGAUGACACCCUGCCUUCUCAACACAAAAAACCAAAGAAAGAUUACGACUCAUUCGGCAAGACAGGUGGUUGGAAUACUCAUAAACGCCACCCCAAAGAUCAACGAAGGGACCCUGAUAGUACCGGAAGAACCGACAGAGAGCGCAGAGCUUUCCGCAACGAGACUCGCAGGGAGGUGAAAAAAGAACCUCGCAGGGAUUGGCAAGACAGAGCCGAAAAAUCGAAACAAUUCUCCGAGAACAGAGGAAAGAGAAAGCCCGAGAACUGGCAAGUGCAAAAAGCCGCUCUGAAAGAGAAGUUCGCCGGUGGUUGGAAUCCACCUAAGAAGCUUUCACCUGAUGCCCUCGAUGGCAUCCGUCAUCUUCACGCGAAGGCACCUGAACAAUUUACGACUGCUGUCCUCGCAGAGGAGUUUGAGAUGUCUCCGGAAGCUAUUCGCCGAAUUUUGAAGAGCAAAUGGCGCCCAUCGGAGGACGAGAUGGAGAGUCGGCGCAAGCGAUGGGAAAAUCGGCAUGAUAGAAUCUGGAGUCGUAUGGCUGAACUUGGUCUUCGCCCUUCGACAAACCGCACGCGAAACCUUUCGGAUUUCCAUGUGCUGUAUGAUGACAACAAUCGCGAGCGAAGAUAG